UGUGAGAGCUGGGAGCGCACUGGCCCAUUGAGCUGCUGUUUGUGGCCCCAGAGUCAGUAGGAUGGUGGACAGUGUGUAUCGCACCCGUUCCCUGGGCGUGGGGGCCGAGGGGCUGCCGGAUCAGUACGCGGAUGGCCGGGCUGCCCGGGUCUGGCACCUCUAUAUCGGGGACAAGCGCAGCCGCACGGACGAGUAUCGCAGCUGGAUCCUGUCGCUGCUACAGGAGCACAACUGUCGCACCGUGCUGGACGUGGCCUGUGGAACUGGGGUAGAUUCGGAGAUGCUGGUGGAGGAGGGCUACUCGGUGGUCAGUGUUGACGCCAGCGACAAGAUGCUGAAAUACGCCCUAAAGACGCGGUGGAACCGUCGGAAGGAGCCGGCAUUUGAUAAAUGGGUGAUUGAGGAGGGCAACUGGCUGUCUCUGGAGCAGGAGAUCCCGCGCCCCGGACUGGGAUUCGAUGCUGUCAUUUGUUUGGGAAAUUCAUUUGCUCAUCUUCCUGAUUUCAAAGGAGACCAGAGUGACCACCGGUUGGCACUGCGCAAUAUUGCAGGGAUGGUCCGGCCCGGGGGCAUCUUAAUCAUUGAUCACAGGAACUAUGACUAUAUCCUAAGCACCGGCUGUGCCCCCCAGGGCAAGAACAUUUAUUACAAGAGUGACCUGACUCAGGAUAUCUCCACCUCCGUCCUCUUUGUCAAUAAUAAGCCCCAUAUGGUGACUCUGGAUUAUACUGUGCAGGUUCCGACAUCACAGGAGGCACAGCCUGAACUGAGCAAAUUCCGCCUGUCCUAUUACCCGCACCUCCUGGAUCCCUUCACUGGGCUCCUGCACGAGGCAUUUGGGGGGCAAUGCCAACACAAGGUGUAUGGGGACUUCCUGCCAUAUACCCCUGGCCAGGAGAGGGCCCCCUGUUACUUCAUCCAUGUGGCUAAAAGAACCGCCUAAUCCAGGGCAGAUCCCUAUGGGCCUAUGGCUGUUUAUAUUGGAGGGGUCUCUGCUGAUGUCGGGGUACAGGGGCCCUGUGUCUUUCCUAUAAGGGAAUUGGAAUCCCCAGUGUGAUUAGGGCCCACUGAUGGUGGGGGCCCCGAGAAUAUGCGCUUUUGCGGGUGGAGGGAUUCGGCAAUGAUUUUGUGCUUCAAUCUGUGAAACUGAAAUUUGGCAAAACCUCUGGCCCCUUCCUGCUCCAAUCACUGAUCCAUUCAUUCCCCCGCCCCCUUCCUGCUCCAAUCACUGAUCCAUUCAUUCCCCCGCCCCCUUCCUGCUCCAAUCACUGAUCCAUUCAUUCCCCCGCCCCCUUCCUGCUCCAAUCACUGAUCCAUUCAUUCCCCGCCCCCUUCCUGCUCCAAUCACUGAUCCAUUCAUUCCCCCGCCCCCUUCCUGCACCAAUCACUGAUCCAUUCUUUCCCUGCCCCCUUCCUGCACCAAUCACUGAUCUAUUCAUUCCCCCGCCCCCUUCCUGCACCAAUCACUGAUCCAUUCAUUCCCUGCCCCCUUCCUGCACCAAUCACUGAUCUGUUUAUUCCCCCGCCCCCUUCCUGCUCCAAUCACUGAUCCAUUCAUCCCCCGCCCCCUUCCUGCUCCAAUCACUGAUCUAUUCAUUCCACCCCCCCCAAACUGCCAGUCAUCUUGCUUUGUGGCAUUCAUUGGCUGCCGUUAGUUCAGUGGGACCCCCAGUAAUCAUAAUCGGGGGGUCGGGGAGUUGCCCCCAGUCUCCAUACGACUAUGUAUAAGGAUUUCUAUAGACUGGGGGGGUAUAUGCCAAUCUGUGUGACUGUAUGUGGCACCGUGCCCCCCACUUUGGCCCCCAGGAAAAGUGCGGACCCCCACUGGCUGCUAUUGGCUAAACAGUGGCACUUUAUGGCCGUGACCUUGAAUGGGUGUGGUCAAAGGUUGAGGGGCCAAAAAGUGGGUGUGGCCUAAAUACGAAAUAGUCUGACAAUCUGUACUUUUCUAGUUGCCCCUAGAUUGGUACCUUAGUGUAACAUGGAAUUAGUGGCCUUCCCCACGUGUGUCAGUACGGGGGUAUCUGUGGCCUUACUGCCCCAGUCUGUAUGUCUCUGCCCCAGUCUGUAUGUCUCUGCCCUGGUCUGUGUGUCUCUGCCCCGGUCUGUGUGUCUCCGCCCCAGUCUGUGUGUCUCCGCCCCGGUCUGUGUGUCUCCGCCCCGGUCUGCGUGUCUCCGCCCCGGUCUGCAUGUCUCUGCCCCGGUCUGUAUGUCUCUGCCCCGGUCUGCGUGUCUCCGCCCCGGUCUGCAUGUCUCUGCCCCGGUCUGUAUGUCUCUGCCCCGGUCUGCAUGUCUCUGCCCCGGUCUGCAUGUCUCCGACCCGGUCUGUAUGUCUCCGCCCCGGUCUGUAUGUCUCUGCCCCGGUCUGUAUGUCUCUGCCCCGGUCUGCAUGUCUCCGCCCCGGUCUGCAUGUCUCUGCCCCGGUCUGCAUGUCUCCGCCCCGGUCUGCAUGUCUCUGCCCCGGUCUGCAUGUCUCUCUGUAUAAGGCUACACACUGGGUACAUGUGACACACGGGGACACGUAUUGUACAUAUAUGUUACACGCUAAACCAAAGCUGUACAUUAAAUUGCAGAAUUUAUACAAUUAAUUGGAAAUAAAUCAUCACAACAAUGA